AUGGCUGCUACAGCAACUGCCGGUCCUAGGUAUGCUCCAGCUGAUCCUACCCUUCCUAAACCAUGGAAGGGCCUUGUGGAUGGCAAGACAGGAUAUCUUUACUUUUGGAAUCCUGAGACAAAUGUCACCCAGUACGAGAGGCCAGCUGCCCCACCUAAGCCAUCUUCAGUGCCUAGCUCUUCUGUCCAGGUUCAACAAUCGUCUCAAGGGCGUUGUCGUAGUCCUGAUUUCAGUGAUAGGUAUGAUAGGAAUGGAAAUGGCGGGUCAGAUGAAAGUGGAUCCCGGAGCUAUCAGAGUUCCAAGGUUGGCACUUUUAGUUCUCAUAAUAAUGUAGAAAAUGGAACACAUGUUGCUGAAAGUGUUAGUUCUAUCAAAGGUCACGUAGCAUCUGAUACAGGACCUGCAUUAACUCCAGAGGCUUAUAGACGUCGUCAUGAGAUCACUGUUACUGGAGAUAAUGUGCCUCCACCUGUUACAUCAUUUGCGUCUUCUGGCUUUCCAUCUGAGAUUCUUAGAGAGGUACAAAAUGCUGGGUUCUCAGCCCCAACUCCAAUUCAGGCUCAAUCGUGGCCCAUUGCCCUUCAAAGUAAAGAUAUAGUUGCCAUUGCUAAAACAGGUUCAGGGAAAACCUUGGGGUAUUUACUUCCAGCAUUUAUUCACCUCAAGCGCACAAAUAAUAAUGCCAAAAUGGGCCCCACAAUAUUGGUACUUUCACCCACAAGGGAGUUGGCAACACAAAUUCAAGAUGAAGCUGUGAAGUUUAGUAAAACAUCAAGAAUUGCUUGCACUUGUUUGUAUGGAGGGGCACCAAAGGGUCCUCAAUUGAGAGAUAUUGACCGUGGAGCAGAUAUUGUGGUUGCCACACCUGGUCGCUUGAAUGAUAUUCUUGAGAUGAGGAGAAUCAGUCUUCAUCAGGUCUCUUACCUAGUCCUAGAUGAGGCCGACAGGAUGCUGGACAUGGGUUUUGAACCUCAAAUUAGGAAGAUUGUGAAUGGGGUGCCCGCUCGCAGGCAAACUCUUAUGUUCACGGCGACUUGGCCUAAAGAGGUUAGGAAAAUUGCAGCUGACCUGCUUGUCAAUCCUGUCCAGGUGAACAUUGGCAACGUAGAUGAGCUUGUUGCUAACAAGUCCAUUACUCAGCAUAUUGAAGUUUUGGCACAUAUGGAGAAACAGCGACGACUGGAAAGUAUUUUGCGGUCACAGGAUCAAGGAUCAAAGAUAAUUAUAUUUUGUUCUACCAAGAAAAUGUGUGACCAACUUGCUCGAAAUCUCACACGCCAGUUUGGAGCUGCUGCUAUACAUGGGGAUAAAUCCCAGGCUGAUAGGGAUCAUGUGUUGAAUCAGUUUCGAAGUGGAAGGACUCCUGUACUUGUAGCGACAGAUGUUGCUGCUCGUGGACUGGACGUCAAAGACAUUAGAGUGGUUGUCAACUUCGACUUCCCUACAGGAGUGGAGGAUUAUGUUCAUAGGAUCGGAAGGACUGGGAGGGCUGGAGCCACCGGUAUAGCUUACACUUUCUUUGGGGACCAGGAUGCUAAACAUGCUUCAGAUCUCAUCAAAAUCUUAGAGGGUGCAAACCAGAAAGUUCCUCCAGAACUUCGUGAACUGUCAUCCAGGGGUGGUGGCGGGUUUGGCAAAUCCAGACGAUAUGGUUCUGGUGGUCGUGGCGAUUCUGGAUUCGGUGCGAAGAGUUAUGACUCUGGGUAUGGUGGAAGGGGUAAUGAUUCAGGAUAUGGUGGAAGGGGUAGUGAUUCAAGUUAUGGAGGAAGGGGUGGAGGCCGUGGAUUUGACUAUGACUCACAGAGGAAUGAACGAGAUCGAAGCCCUGACAGGGGAUCUAGCUGGAGUGAUCGCUUCAAAACUCGUGAACGCAGCCGCAGUCCCGUCAAGGCUGCACCAUCUCAAUAUAAUGCCCCCGUCAGCUUUCAUCAAGCAAUGAUGGAACGCAAUGGAGGAGGCAGUGAUCGCAACAAGAACUAUAAUCGGGAGCGAAGCCGCAGUCAUAGUCCUUAUAGACAGGACAAGGGAAAAAGUUCACCAUCUACCAACAGUAGUCCUCAGAAAGGGUGGGGAGGAUCUUCAGGUGUGGGAAGAAACGGUGGUUCUCAUCCUUACAAUGGAGAAUUGGAGGAAGGGAUGAUUCCUGAUGAAGAAGGAAUGAUAGGUCAUGAUGAAUCUUCUAUAUAUCAAAGUGCAAAUUAG